AUGGAAGCGGCGAGGCAGAGGACGAGGCACGGCGACGAGAGGCGGAGUCCCCAGGCGACGCCGGACGAUGGCGGCGGCGCGGCCGAGGAGUACGACCCGUGGACGGCAUGGCUCUACAAGCCGCGCACCAUCUCCGUGCUCCUCGUCGGCGCCUGCCUUCUCAUCUGGGCAAGUGGAGCUCUGGAUCCAGAGGGUGCUGCCUCUCACAGCAGCGUCACAUCUAUCAAGAGGGGUGUUCUGGCUAUGAUUGCAGUCUUCCUCGCCUACUGUACCCUCCAGGCACCAUCUACGAUACUUAUUCGGCCACAUCCUGCUGUCUGGCGUCUGGUGCAUGGGCUGGCGGUUGUUUACCUUGUGGCUCUUACAUUUCUUCUUUUCCAGAAUCGUGAUGACGCUCGCCAGUUCAUGAAGCACCUUUCUCCUGAUCUUGGAGUCGAAUUGCCAGAGAGAUCCUAUGGAGUCGAUUGUCGUCUGUAUGUUCCAGAAAACCCUAAAAACAAGUUCAUAAAUAUUUAUGAGACAUUGUUUGAUGAAUUUGUUGUUGCCCACGUCUUGGGCUGGUGGGGUAAGGCUGUGAUGAUACGGAAUCAAUCUCUCCUAUGGGUUUUGUCGAUCGGCUUCGAGCUAAUGGAGCUUACAUUCCGGCAUAUGUUGCCAAACUUUAAUGAGUGUUGGUGGGAUAGUAUUAUCUUGGACAUCUUGAUCUGCAAUUGGUUUGGUAUUUGGGCGGGAAUGCAUACAGUCCGUUACUUCGACGGUAAAACGUAUGAAUGGGUUGGACUGAGCCGACAGCCCAGCAUCAUGGGUAAGGUGAAAAGAUCAUUGAGCCAGUUCACUCCUGCACAGUGGGACAAGGAUCAAUGGCAGCCGUUUAUGGGGCCGUUGAGGUUCAUCCAAGUGUUGUUCCUCUGCGUCAUUUUCAUGAUGGUGGAGCUCAACACAUUUUUCCUUAAAUUCUGCCUGUGGAUCCCUCCGAGGAAUCCCUUGGUUGUGUACAGAUUGAUCCUCUGGUGGCUGGUUGCGAUUCCGACAAUCCGUGAGUACAAUUCCUACUUGCAAGACAGCAAACCUGUGAAGAAGGUUGGGGCCUUCUGCUGGCUAUCUGUGGCCAUAUGCAUAGUGGAGCUUCUUAUCUGCAUGAAGUUUGGGCAUGGGCUGUUUCAUGAUCCGAUGCCUACUUGGCUGGUAAUAUUUUGGAGCUCGGCGGGGGCAGCGUUCCUGAUAUUCUUGCUUGUGUGGUCGUGGAGGAACCACCAAAAAUUUCGGAGAAAGAAUGUCUGAUGGAUUCAUCAAGAAUGUUUUCUACUCAGAUCACUUCAAAGUUGCUUCUCAAUAUACCUUUUUAUACAUAGGCUGUACAUAUAUGAUGUAACUUAAACCUUAGUGGAGCCAAAUUCCUGGUGCUCCUGGUGUGUCACUAUAGCUCAUUCUUGCCAGCAUCAUAAGAUUGAGUAAUUCGAGAUCAAUCAAUAAUAAUGUAACAGGGCAUGACGUAAAGAACCAAUAAAUCAAGAUUACAACAUUGAUUUGGACA